AUGGGCAUCAGACCUCAAUAUGCUGAAGAGCCCUUGAGACAACUGGAAACAGAGCCGCAUCUCCCGAAGCAUUCCCUCAAAUCGGGAAUGUGGCAGAAGAUACACAAACUCUUUGUCAAAGAUGACCCGACCGAUGAUUCAGUCGACUUUACAGAAGACAGACGAUGGCCCGAGACGACGCCGGACGACGACGAGUUGAGCCGACAAGACUCAACAACGAGGCCGCUUGCAAUCGGCCUCCCCCGGCAAGCCACCUUCCGACGUCAAAAUUCCGAGAGGCGGGAUCGACUCCUACCUGUCAAACCUUGUCACGCCGAACGACGAGCCUUGUCCGCUGUCAGACAUACAUCGACAAGCCUUCCUCGUCCUCGAGCGACCUCUUCACCGCCGUGCUGGGGACCCGGCCGGACCUCUGCCCCUGCCGUAGCUCUCACAAGCAGGAUCGAUGCGCCCGCCGCUGAUGCUGGCUUUGACGCCAUCACAUCAUCCCUUGAUCCAGCUCUGGUUUCAAACACUGAGGAUAUUUGGCCUCAGGACACUUUUCGACCUCCUCGCCCUCCGUCAACUACCUCGUCUGAUGACUCGCACUUCCUUCGAAUGCCUCUCGUCGAUGACAAAGCCGACCUGAGAGACGAGCUCGAUACUCGAUGGAUUCUCAACCUGAGCAUGCACUUCCGAGACAAGUCAGAUCGAGAAAAGUUCUUUGUCACCUACGCAGAGACUCCCAGUCGUUGGCGUCGCGUCACUGUUUCCUGUGAUUAUCGCAAUGCUGAACCAGGGUCCCUCGAGAUGGAUCUCAAGGAGUUGCAAUUCCAACGAGAUAAGAGCAUGCAAAUAUAUGAGUCCAUACGAGAUUCACUACCGGAAAUCCAGUUCUACGAUACGGUGACCAAUCUGAAAUUGGAAACAACCGACGGUCGUUUGCAUGUCCAUGUCACGGAAGAUGUCAACGAGAUCAUCCCAUACCCACCACGUCAUACUUUAGGCCACAUAUUACAUGAUGAUGAGUUUCAGCCAAUGGUGAUACGAGAGAGUGAAUUAAUCUUCGACUCUCACAUCUCUGGCUUUGUGUACAAGGUGAAGCACAAAAACAAAGUUUAUAUCAAGAAAGAUAUUCCGGGUCCAGAUACCGUUGACGAAUUCCUUUACGAAAUCAACGCCCUGCACGCUCUCCAUGGUUCAAGUCAUGUAAUUCAACUAGAAGCCAUUGUCGUCGAUGAUGAGGAACAAUAUGUCAGGGGCCUUCUCAUCACCUAUGCCGAGAAGGGCGCCGUUGUUGACCUCCUCUAUGACCACAGGGGCGCUAUACCUUGGGAAGAUCGGUGUAGGUGGGCAGAACAAGCCACCUGUGGUCUCAGCGAGAUCCAUGAAGAAGGCUAUGUCCAAGGUGACUUUACCCUUUCCAACAUCGUUGUUGAUGGUGAGGGUAAUGCAAAGAUCAUCGACAUCAACCGAAGAGGUUGUCCCGUUGGCUGGGAGCCUCCCGAGAUAGCGGCCAAGAUUGCCAGCAGCCAAAGGAUCUCCAUGUACAUUGGGGAAAAGUCAGACUUGUACCAACUAGGAAUGACCUUGUGGGCGUUGGCCAUGGAUGAUGAUGAGCCUGAGCGCCACGUAUCUCCAUUCAGUGUCGAUGAAUUUCCGUCCGAAGUUCCAGAGUGGUAUCAGGACAUUGUAAGGAUAUGUCUAUCUCGCCGUCCGCGGGACCGGUGUUCAGCAAAGACAUUGGCGAAGAUGUUUAGAGAAGGUGAUACGAAGCCUCCGCAUUCAAAAGAGCGUCAUGAGAGGCCUACAUUGAAGCUCCGAACCCCACAAGACUAUAUUGACCCUGCAGAUGCGGUAGGCCGGGACGACAUCGAACGUUUCUCAAACCAACAUGAAAUUACAGACGUGCCUUAUUCCCCAGAAAGCUCGAGAGACGACUACACGUUCACGUAUCCCAGGUCUUCGAAUUAUGAGAUUGACAGCGAGACUUCUGCCUAUGACCGGCCCAGAGGUAGAGCACCGCCCGCAAACUACGCUCAUCUAGGUAGAAACGAGAGGCACCACUGGAUUGGCGACGAUGACAGGCCAACGUUGGUUGAUGAUGCAGAGCCAAACAUUGUUCCCAUUUCACCAGGAAUGGAGCAUGAAUUCGACAAAGUGGAACUGGAUGGUCAUCCAUAUCUUGUUCCCAGAAGGACAUUCAACGACGAAGAGUUGGAAAUAUUGGAACGUGCCGCAGAGGCUCAACAGACAAGUCAAGAUUCUGUGUCUUCGGCGAAUUUUGUGACACCGGGCCAGAUCGACCACCCACUAGCUCGGGACGCUUCGCUAUCACGCCGCCCCUCUGUGGUGACUACAUGUUCCAUGAGGUCCGACAGUACCCCACGCAAUAGUCAUGCAGUCUUGUCGGCAUCGACGCAUCAGCAUUAUGGGGAGCUAACUUCUGAACCCGAAGAAAUAAGGGAUCAAGGUCUUCCUAUCGAAGGAUCAGCAACCCCCACCGACGACCAUAAUGCUGCGGCCACAGCACACCCCAUCACCAAUUCCGAUGGACCCGCAGUAGCGAUACCUUCGGCGCCGGACAGGCUUCCCCGGCUGCCCUUUGCAGAUAGUGGAUAUGAUGACUCGUUCGAUGCAGACGGCGAUCUCGACCUCAGCGUCCAGACUCUUACUACGACACGGGAAGAAAAGGGAGAAGAGCCGAAGACAGAUUCGGCCACACCCGAAAUUGAUCGGGAACUCAUGACGACCCCAGAGGCUGUGGGCACAGAAGAGAUAUCCGACGAGGCCCAGGCAGAUACCCAGCCUAACAGGCUUGAGCUUGCAAGAUCUGAUCACCUUGCAGUGCCAGAUUCUCAAGUGGCGCGUCAACAGGAGCUCAACAGAUCAGAGCAGACUGGCCAGAGUAACCAAGUCACACCUCCUUCCAUGCAGGAUGUGACUGGUUGA